GUAUCUUUAGUCGAAUUAGCAGCAGAUGUGAAACUGAGGAAUGAAACCAUAAUAGAAAUACAAAAAUAUUGCUCAUCACAAUUGAAUUCGUUUUGGGAGUGUCUCAAUGCAACGUUCAAAGAUAUGGCAAGAGGCGACUCAUGGCCAGGAAGGUUAUGUUGUCCGAUACCUUACAGCGAAAGCUGUAGAAGAGCCUGCAUCACCGCAACAUCCCAUUUUGAUCUUCCCAGGGGAUGCAGACAAAGUGACGAAAUCGCAUUUUUCAGUUGCCUUGAAAGACAACAAGCCGGGGCAGAAUGUUGUAACAGCGCCAGAAAUGAAAAUUGUAAACAAUCAUGUGUCGAGAUUUUCCGUAGCGAGUUGUCACCUAAUAAAUUCCAGAGACAAAAGUUGAUUGAUCAUUGUGAGCAUGACAGCCCGAAAGUUACCGAAUGUAUAAAAGAUAUGGUCAAGUAUACUCCUGUAAAAACUACCCAAAAACAUCUCAUGUGCUGUGAUAAAUCAAAUAAUAUUAAAUGUAGGGAAGCUUGCAAGAGAGUUUUGUCAACAAGGAAUACGAUGGAAGAAAUAAUGGAUGGCCUUCAAUUGGGAGGUUGUGGAUUUCCUAUGCCUCAAGAAUACUUUUGGCAAUGUUUUCUGAAGCCUGACGCGAGUUCUGUUUCCAAUUCUGUAGAAGUUUCGAGGAUAGAAAGAGUCGGAAUGGACAGCGCUAAAUGGCACUGUUGCCAAAGAGCUAAUUCAAGCCAGUGUUCCAGACUUUGUUCUAAAACUUUCACCAAAUUUUGGGCAACUUCUUGGGAAGAUUUUCACUAUAAGUGUCUUACUCAAGUGACGGAAGAAAGUCUGCGUUCCUGUAUAGAUGAAGUGGAUGAACCUUGUGAGUUGGGUUGUGACGGCCUCAGCUUUUGUACAAACUUCAACAACAGACCGACAGAACUAUUUCGAUCGUGUACAUCGCAGGCGGAUGAAGAGGCAAGAAAUAAUGUAGCAAAAUGGCAGAAUCAAAAUAACAUUACACUUACUCCCGGACUAACUCUUCCCCUGAAAAGCAUGUCCAAAUGCUCACCGAACAUCUGGAAAACCGUAGCUUGCACGCUCCAGAUCAAACCGUGUUCCAGGGCAUCUCACGCUAACCAGAUCUGUCGGAACGUCUGCCUCGAUAUUCUUUCGCAGUGCGUGGACUGGACCAGAGUUUCCCCAGAGUACUCCGCCGAAUCGAUUUGCGAAACUUUAUCGCCUGAAGAUCCCGAUGAUUCUUGCGUGGAGCUGGACCACUAUCUGACUCCUUCCUCGUACGAGUUUUCGAGGAUAACCGGACAGGUGUUUAGUCCUUGCAAGGGAAAUCCAUGCGAGGCGAACGAAAUUUGUUUGCUGAACCGCAAUUGUAUGCACGGGAUGAAUUGCAAGCCGUAUUUAUGUCAACCUGGUUGUAAGCUGGGUGAAGUUUCCCAGUACAUGGUCCCGGAUAAAACCCUAGUCAGAAUACCAAUUCCCAACAAUCCAAAGGGUUGCCUGAAGAUCUGCAAAUGCAACAAAAACAACAUAGAGGAAUGCCAGCCGUUGCUCUGCGUCACGCUGACUUCUUGCCUACUUGGGAACACUCACCAAUUGCAUGGAACCAUUUUCAACAUGGAUUGCAACCAAUGCAGCUGCUAUGCGGGGGAAAUAAUUUGCAGCAAGAAACAAUGCGAAAGCACCGCUUUGAGCGGCAGGAAUACUGCUUAUACAACACUUCCUUGUAACUGUCCUCCUCAUUAUGUGCCUAUUUGCGGAAGAAAUGGAGUGACUUAUCCUUCUGCAUGUUUAGCCAAAUGUGCGGAUUUGAACGACGCUGACAUUGAACACUAUCCAUGCCAAAAUCCUUGCAAACCCGAUACAUGCCCCGUCGGCCAGAAAUGUGUUCCCAAUUCUCAAGUUUGUCUGAGUCUGAUGCACAAGCCAUGCAAACAAUACGAAUGUAUUAAUGGUUCCUCAGACUGCUCCCUUUUACCAAAAGACCCAGUAUGCGACAUCGAAAAUCGUGAAUACGAGAACUCUUGUCUCUUGUCCCACCAUAAUGCCAAACUGGCGUACAGGGGCCCUUGCCUUACCAGAUGCAGACAUAAAGGUCAAGUGUGCGGAUUCAAUGGUAAAACAUACAUGUCGGAAUGUGCUGCAUUUGCAGAUAUGGUUGCAGUAGACUACGAAGGACCCUGCGUAGCAAUUGGACUCAUAACUACCAUCAAGUCGAAGCAGUGUUCUGGUGUUAAGUGUCCCAAACUCCACAACAAAACUUGUAUGGGAAUAACCCCACCAGGAGCAUGCUGUCCUAUCUGUGGCGGAGCCCUUCGAUUACUCUACUCAAGAAAGCAAAUAGACAGAGCGCUAUAUGCCCUGCAAAACCGAAGUACAAAAUCUCUAAAUCUCUACGCCCUAUUGAAAGCUUUGGAAAGGCAAAUUCAACUUGCACAAUGUACCCUAAAAGGCUAUUUAACCGUUGAAUUGGAUAUUUUUGUGGCUGUACAAAGUACUGAACGGUAUCCAUCUGAAUUACAACUUGAAGCGUGCCUAAGGGAAGCAGAAAAAAUUGCAAGUUUAGUGAACAUGCAAAGUCCCAGGGUCGCAAGCGAGCUGAGCCUCAGUUCUUUGACUGCUGCGAGUAUCGUCCACACUGAUCGUAAUGGGAGUGUCAGAAGCCACGUUAAUUUGAAGUGGUUAUUUUCGACAGUUUUGGUUACCAUAUUGGUGGAAAAACUGAUUUUCUGUAUAUGAAAAUAUCAGUUCAAUAAUUAUAUUACCUCGCUGCCAAAAAAUAUAAAUAUCGGUGAUAAAUCUGAAUGUUUGACAUUUUGUUUCUGUUGAAUGAAACAGUCUAUUUACCUACUUAAAGGUUGAGAACUGGUAUUUUGGAAAGUGCAUUCGGUUUCUCCAUCAAAUUAUAACCGAAACAAUUUUUUUGUUUAAGUGUAGUAUAGGAAAAAUGGACAUCAGAAUAAUAAGAAAAGAUGAGAACUGAUCUUUUUCACAUUGUGGAUAAUGUAUGUCGGUAGUUUGGCGAUUUUCACUGUUUCCAAUUUUCCUAUAUUAUGAACUGGCCAGUUUUAAGCAAAAUUACUCCGAAAAUAUUCAACUAGGUUAGGUAAAAUUUUGAAAAUAUCUGUGAUAUACUGAGGAUUGGAGAAUUAUAGACAUUAAACUUAUAUCUAAUUACAUUAGACUGUGUGACUGUACAUAUUAUGGAAAAAAUAUUUUCAAUUGUUUGUAAAUAUUUCAUCUACCUACAUGUAAUUCUGGUGCCUUACUAAUUCGUAAAAGUUUUCUGUUUUGUAAAAUAUCGAUUAUUUUGCUGUAGCAGUGUAAAUACUAUUUUAUUGUUGACUCAUGUGUUUUAUGUUACCAAAGAAAAGUAACUUAUUUAUAAGUCGUAUUUUAUAAUGUUAAGUAAUGCUGUUGUUCAUAUAUAGAUUUUUUAUAAAACUAUCUUUUUUGAAGUUUGUACAUAUAUAUUAUCUGAAAAAUCAAGAAAUUUUGAAAUCGGGUAUGAUAAGAUGUUCGAAAAUAUUCAUAUUGAUAAUUUUAAACAGUAUUUCAUUUAAUCAAUUUCUUUAUAUUAUUGAAAAAGGCAAGAAUCUUAAUGUUCAUUAUCAGAAAAAAAAAUUCUAUAUUUGAAGAGUCCAUAUUUUGCUCAAGAUAAUCUCAUAUUAUAUAUCAUGUACUGAACUCUGUUCAACAAUUAUAUACUCAAUAAAA